UUCAAUAUUAGAGAGCAGAGUCCUUUAAAUCAAAUGACCAUAAGAACCAAAGACUACCAAACAAACAAUUGCUUUACAAUACAGAAAGAAAAAAAGUUAAUAGACAAUGGAGUUCUUCAACAAAGCUAAAGUUGUCAGGCUCAAAGGUCAUCUUGGCAAGUACAUUGUCGCCGAUGAUGACGAACAAACCGUCCGACAAAGCCGUAACGGUUCAUCAAAAAAGGCACGUUGGAUAGUCGAAUUGGUCCAAGGCAAUCCUCACCUCAUACGUCUCAAAAGUUGCCAUAACAAAUACCUCUCGGCUUCUGACGAUGCUUUCCUUCUUGGCAUGACGGGUAAAAAGGUACUCCAAGCAUUAGCAGCUACUGCAACGGACGGUUCAAUUGAGUGGGAGCCUAUAAAAGAAGGAUACCAAGUGAAGUUAAGGACAAGGGGAGGCAAAUUUCUGAGGGCAAAUGGGGCAACACCCCCUUGGAGAAACUCUAUAACUCAUGAUUUACCUAAUAGAACUGCAACACAAGAUUGGGUGUUAUGGGAUGUGGAUGUGAUUGAUGUGGAUGUGUUAGAUUCUGAAUCUUUAAAGAGUUAUCCUUCAACUCUGUCGAGCUUCUCUUCUUUUGGAGAUGAUGAAUGCACUCAUCGCUCUGUUUCGUCAAUUCCAAGCUGGCCAUCAAUUGAAUCUGAUUGUUCUUCACAUUCAAGUUCAGGACAGAAUGGCAUGGAAUUUUUUGAAAGAGCUAAAGCAGUAAGGCUUCAGAGCCACCUCGGAAAAUACCUAGUGGCUGACGAAAACGAACAAAUUGUUCGACAAAGCCAAAACGGGUCAUCGCACAGAGCGCGAUGGACAGUCGAAUUAGUUGCAGAAAAAAGCAACGUAAUUCGACUAAAAAGCUGUUAUGGGUUGUACUUAACAGCAACUGAACAGCCAUUUCUUCUGGGGAUGACUGGUAAAAAGGUUCUUCAAACUGUUCCAACAAAGAAUACGGAUGCAUCAAUUGAAUGGGAGCCAAUACGAGAAGGAUUCCAUGUGAAGCUUAGAACAGGUGAAGGGAAAUAUUUGAGGGCUAAUGGAGCUACACCACCUUGGAGAAAUUCUAUAACUCAUGAUGUUCCUAACAGGACAUCUACUCAAGAUUGGAUUAUGUGGGGUGUAGACGUUGUGGACAUUACUAUUUCAGAUACUAGUGAAUCAAUGUCAAGUUGUUUAUCGUCUGCAUCGAGUUUUAAUUCUGUGGACGAUGACUAUACGGUUUCUCCUGAUACUGGAUCCCCAAAUGACAUAAACUAUCAAUCCCGAAGGUGUAAGAAGGCACCAGUUAAGCAGAAUUCUGGGAUGGAAUUCUUCCAGAAAGCCAAAUCCGUUAGGCUAAAAAGCCACCAUGAUAAAUUCUUAUUAGCCGAUCCCGAUAAAGAAACCGUGUAUCAAGAUCGCCAUGGAACUUCCAGGAGUGCAAAAUGGACAAUUGAAUUCCCUGAAGAAGUCGAAAAUGUUAUCCGGUUGAAGAGUUGCUAUGGCAAAUAUCUAACAGCCACAGAUGACCAAGUCCUUCUUGGUGUCACAGGUCAGAAAGUUGUUCAGAGUUUGCCUAAAAGGUUGGAUUCCUCAGUUGAGUGGGAACCAAUGAAAGAUGGAUUCCUUGUGAAGCUUAAAACAAGAUAUGGGAAUUAUUUACGCGCUAAUGGUGGCUUACCCCCUUGGCGAAAUUCAAUUACACAUGACAUACCUCAUAGACAUCACGAUUGGAUCUUAUGGGAAGUGGAUAUUGUUGAGAAAUUGCCCGAACCAACACCAAAAAUUACACAAUCAGAACGAUUAGACGUUGAUUCCAGUUCUUCUUUUCAUUUUAUAUCCCCUACGUAUUCCGCGAGUGAGUCAAGAGAUGGAACUGAUGCUUCUCCGAUGAAAUCUGAAGGCCGGUUGAUCUAUUACCAUGUGGCAGAUGAAAAUGGAAAUGCGAAUGAUGCAGUGGAAGGGCCUUCUUUUCAUUUCAAAGGGCAUGGGCUAGAGGAACUGACUGAAAAGUUGGAGGAAAUUACAGGGCUGGAGAAUAUUACUGUCUGUUCGCGCAACAAAAUCAAUGGGAAUCUAUAUCCUCUUCGGUUAGCAUUGCCUCCAAACAACGCGGAUAUGCAUGUUGUGGUAGUUCCUGCAUCAUCCAAAACUUAGUAGAAUUCACCAUGUCAUUGGGAAAGAAGUUGUAUAUUCUACCAUCUCUUCAAGAAAGAAGCUGUAUAUUAGACCAUCUCCUCUUAAAAGAAGCUGUAUAUUUUUUUUUUUCCAUGUCUCAAGCUGGUAAACUUGCCAAUAUCCUUAGAUACAUUUUUCUUAACUGCUAUUUUCACAGUGGCAGUUGUAAUGUUACUUGGUCUUUUCAUUCAUGAGCACAAGUCUAUACAAUUUUUUUUU